AUGGGUGAAGCCGACCGCAUUGGGCCAGAUAUGAGCCCCAAAAAGACCUUCGCCGACCGUUUAAACGGCGUACGCAAGACCUUCUUCACCAAGCAUGGUCUGGUGGGCGAAUAUGACUAUGCCUUCCUCUUCCGACCGAACAUCCCUUUUCUCAAGAAGCCUCGUCGCGCAGCACCCUUUUUCGGCCUCCAUGAUCCCAUGCCCAUUGUCCUGGCGUUCCUCCUCGGCUUCCAGCAUGCUCUGGCCAUGUUGGCUGGUAUCAUGACGCCGCCCAUCAUCCUCGCCGGCCAAGGAGGUGUUAACCUGACGGCCGACUACCAGCAAUACCUGGUCAGCACAUCCCUGAUCGUGUGUGGCAUCCUGUCCUCGAUCCAGAUCACCCGGUUCCAUAUCUGGAGGACGCCGUACUUUCUGGGCACGGGAUUGAUUUCGGUCGUGGGAACGUCCUUCGCCAUCAUCCCCGUUGCCACGGGCGCUUUCUCGCAGAUGUAUGCCAACGGGAAGUGUCAACUCGAUGCCGAUGGAAACCGCCUGCCUUGCCCGGAUGCGUAUGGCGCUCUCAUCGGCACAUGCGCGCUCUGUGCUCUGGUCGAAAUCGCGCUUUCUUUCUUGCCCCCCAAGGCCCUGCGCAAGAUCUUCCCGCCCAUCGUCACGGGACCGACGGUCAUCCUCAUCGGUGUGUCGCUGAUCGAGUCGGGCUUUCAGAACUGGGCUGGCGGGUCCGGCCUUUGCGCGUCGCGGCCCGACAGCGGCCCCUUCGUCGUCUGCCCUCAAGUGGGUGCUCCGCAUGCUCUCCCCUGGGGUAGCGCCGAGUACAUUGGUCUGGGCUUCUUGGUGUUCGUGACCAUCUUGAUCUGCGAGCGUUUUGGCUCCCCGAUCAUGAAAUCGACCAGCGUCAUUAUCGGUCUGCUGAUGGGCUGCAUCGUGGCGGCGGCGUGUGGAUACUUUGACGAUUCAGGCAUCACCGCGGCCCCCGUCGGCUCCUUCAUCUGGGUCAAGACCUUCAAGCUCUCGCUCUACGGGCCCAUCGUCUUGCCCAUCAUGGUCGUCUUCAUCAUCUGCGCCUGCGAGGCCAUCGGCGAUAUCACCGCCACUUGCGAUGUCUCCCGCCUCGAGGUCGAAGGUCGUCAAUUUGAGUCUCGUAUCCAGGGCGGCGUUUUGGCUGACGGACUGAACGGAUGCCUGGCUGCCUUGAUGACCAUCACGCCCAUGUCGACGUUCGCCCAGAACAACGGCGUCAUUGCCCUGACCCGCUGUGCAAACCGCAAGGCGGGAUACUUCUGCUGCUUCUUCCUUAUCGUGGCCGGUGUUUUCGCCAAAUUCUCUGCCGCGCUGGUUGCCAUCCCCUCGCCCGUUAUUGGAGGCAUGACCACAUUCCUGUUCUGUGCGGUCGCCGUAUCUGGAAUGGCGAUCGUGAACCGCGUCCCCUUCAACCGCCGAACACGUUUCAUCCUCACUGCGGCGCUGGCCUUGGGCUACGGAGCAACGUUGGUUCCGACCUGGUUCAGCUAUGUGUUCACCUACAACGGAUCCAACCACGCGCUCCGCGGCUUCUAUGAUGCCAUUGAGUUGAUCUGCGAGACCGGCUUCGCCAUCACCGCCAUGGUCUCCAUGAUCCUGAACCUGACUCUGCCUGAAGAAAUCGAGGACCUUCCUGCCGAGGAGGGCCCCAAGGAAAUGGAGGAUGAGGGUCGAUCCGACGCCGGUGCCUCGGUCGAUGAGGUGACCCAGAAGAAGGUUGCCGUGGACGUGCCCUCCAAGGAGAUUGUGUAA